AUGGCAAGAGAGACGAAUUUGGUAAAAUGCAUAGGUAAAGAAAGCUUUGAAAAGCUGCGCGAUAUGAAGGUGUUACUUGUUGGCGCAGGUGGAAUUGGCUGUGAGCUUUUGAAGGAUUUGAUUUUGUUGGAAAUAGGUGAAAUCCAUAUCGUUGAUUUGGACACUAUUGAUUUAUCGAAUUUGAACAGACAGUUUUUAUUUAGGAAGAGAGAUAUUAAACAACCUAAAAGUAAUACUGCAAUGAAAGCAGUUCAAAGGUUCAGCAACUCUAAACUAGUUUCAUAUCAGAAUAAUAUCAUGGAUACAGAAAAGUUCCCACUUUCGUGGUUUGAUCAGUUUUCGAUUAUAUACAAUGCAUUGGACAAUCUAGCGGCAAGAAGAUACGUCAAUAAGAUGUGUCAGUUCACUAAUAAACCUUUGAUCGAAUCUGGGACUUCGGGAUUCGAUGGAUACAUACAGCCAAUCUUCCCAAGUGUCACUGAAUGCUUUGAUUGCACCACUAAGGAGACACCAACUACGUUCCCGGUCUGUACCAUUAGAUCCACGCCAUCACAGCCAAUCCACUGUGUGGUUUGGGCCAAGAAUUUCCUAUUUGGCCAACUUUUUGCAGAAUCCUCAGAAGAGACCGUAAAUGAUCAAGAUUUAGGUACUGAUGAUAAAGAAGAAAUCGCCCGCAUCAAAGAGGAGACUAACGAAUUACAUGCUCUCCAGCAGUUAGUCAAGUCCGGCGAUGAGACGAAAAUCACAGAUAUUUUAAAGAAAUUGUUCGUCGAUGAUAUCAAUAAACUUCUAAAGAUUGAAAAUCUUUGGAAAACGAGAGUGAAACCAACACCUUUAGGUGCUUUACUACCAUCUGAUAAUAUCCCAACAGAUCUAGCUCAGGUAUGGACAUUGCAAGAAAAUGUAGAUAAGUUUAUCGAAGUUACGAAGACAUUGAUGUUGAGAUUAAGGCAGGAACCAUUCAUAGAAUUCGAUAAGGAUGAUGACGAUACCUUAUUGUUUGUAGCUUGUGCCGCGAAUAUCAGAUCUUACAUCUUCCACAUUGCACCUAAAUCUGUCUUUGAUAUUAAACAAAUGGCUGGUAACAUUAUUCCUGCCAUUGCCACUACAAACGCGAUCAUCGCCGGUCUUUCUUCAUUGGUUUCUUUACGUGUUCUAAACUUGUUGAGUAACGUAUCAAAUAAUCCUUUAGAAAUUCCAAUGGCAUUUACGGCAAGGGCAAGUAAUAUCACCACAAAUAGGUAUCUAUCGAAUCCAACUCUCGCACCCAAGAAUCCUCAUUGUUCAGUAUCUUCUAACAUUCAAAGAGCCGUACUGAAAAUACCAAAGGCAAUUGUUGAGCACAUGUCUUUGUACGAUCUUAAUCAGAAAAUCAUUUCAAAAUAUGAGUUCACUGGUGAAUACUCCGUUCUCGAUACUAAUACUAACAGCUUAUUGUACGAUUUUGAUUUUGAUGAUUUAGAAUGCCGGAAGCUUUCAAGAUUCAACUUCAGAACUGGUACUUUUCUUCUUUAUAAAGACGAGGAAAUGGAAGAUGGUGCUCAAUUAAGGCAGUCAAUUGAGUUCUACUUGGAAUUUGUACCAGAAAAUAGCGGGGAAGACCUUCAGUUACCAAAUCUACCAAGAGAUACAUACACUUAUCAUUCCCCUUAUGAGAAUGCAGAGGAUGAACAAACAGCUGUCGAUGCAGACCAAGAUAGAACUGAAGACCAUAUUCAAGCCAUCGAAACCCUGAUAGUAGAUGAUGAGCCUGCCGAGGAUGAAAGGAAUAAUUUGAAGAGGCAUCUUUCAAAUAGUAUUCCAUCUCCACCAACAAAGACACCCAAGUUGAAUGCAUCACAAUCUGAUGAAGAUGAUCUUAUCCUGCUCGAUUAA